AGCCUUCAAAAACUAUUGAAGAGCAAGAUAUAAAAAAGAAAUUCUUAUAUUCUGAUGAAAUAAAUAAAAACUCAACAGCAAAUUUGGUAAAACAUUCAAACUCUAUGUAUGCUAAUAAAAAUACCAAUACACACGAAGCAGAAG